AUGGUUGCCGACGCUCUCGUCUACCACCCAGCCCUUGCGCACUGGCUGCGCUACGUCGCGACAACUAUUGGCCGCGAUAAGCUCUUCCGCACGCUCCAGUAUUUCUCGCGUUUCUACGCCUGGUACCUGUACCGCACAAACAAGCCUCAGUCGGCAAUCGAACCCUACAAUGCCGUAAAGAAGCAGCUCGGCACUACACGCAAGAUCCUACGCAUCGGCAAGUUUGCCGAGCACCUCAAGGCCGCCUCCGUCGCCCUUGACAAUAAGAACCCAAUUGACCCAGUACUACGCUACUUGGCUGUCGGUCGCCAGCUCGGAUAUGCUGGAUAUUUGUCCCUGGACGCCGUGACCGUUGUUGACGUGAUCGGAUACCGAAAACUCGCCUCUGUGAAGCGACUGCAGGAUAGUGCGUAUCGCUCUUGGGCUGUCGGUCUGGUGUGCAGUGCUGUUGCCGGUGUCUACACUUUAUUCCGCCUGAAGGAGAAGGAGAAAGCUAUUAACCGCAAGGAGGGUGAGGGUGUUGUUGAGGCCAAGAAGAUUGAGAGGGAGCUUUCUGCUGCUCGGAUACAGCUCAUCUCUGAUCUGUGCGAUUUGACUGUCCCUGCUUCUGCGCUGGGAAUCUCCAGUCUGGAUGAUGGUCUCGUCGGUAUCGCUGGUACCGUUAGUAGUUUGAUCGGUGUCUGGUCCCAGUGGCGCAAGACUGCAUAG